AUGUAUUUUAAUAUGCUUAAAUUAAAUAAAAUGUAAUAUAUGAAUACAAGUGUUAGUUAAACGAAAUAUUUAUACCUUGAGCCUGGAUAAUAAGUUUAGCAAGAGAACUAAGGUAUUUUUGGAGGAGAAGUUUAAGAAUAUAUUAUUAUUUUGAACAACAAAUAUUUAGAUGAAUUGGUUGAUAAUCAUGUUAUUUUUGAAAUGAUUAAUAUUAAAAAUACUGCAAUUACAUCAUACGAAGUGUUUUAUUAAGAUGACUUACUUGUUUAAAGGUGUAGUUAAGCUUUUUACUAAGAUUUAUUGGUUUGUAUAGUACUGAAGGAAGAUAUCAAUUAACUGCGAUAAAGUCUACGUUAAAUUAAACCAAGUGAAAAUGAGUAUCCUAUUUCUCUUAGUUUUAGCAAAAAAUCAAUCGCCUUUGAUAUAAUCUAAAAUUAAAAUGAACUUAGCCUUAAAGAUAUUCUUAUUAAGAAAAAUCUAAUCAUAAUAAAAUAACCCCUAAAAUAGUAAAUUUAUUUCUUUUUCGUUAAUAAAUUAGAAAGAAAUACUUAUGUAAAUGUAAAUUCAAAUAAUGUUAUAAAACUUAAAGAUUUUAUUGAAUUCUACAAUUACAAAUAAUUUUUACUAGCAAACUACUUUUUAAUUUUAGGAAAUGUGACUGUUUAAUUUGAUGAAAAAACCAUUUUUUUAAAAUAAGCAACAUAUAUUAAAUUUAAUAGUUUUUAAAAUACAACUGAACGUUUAUAAAUAAAUGAUAGCAAUUAAGAAGCAUAUAUUGUUAUAUUAACUGAAAAUCCUUCAGGGUUUGAUAUUGAUGAAUACUACUUCUUUGAUUAAUAUUUACUUUUGGAUACGCUUUAACAAAAAAGAAUACUUUAAUUUCAACAAAUAUGUAUUGAACCUAUUUUUGAUGAUAUUUCUUUAACUAUUGUUUCAACAAUUAAGCAUAGUUAGACGAAUUAUUAAGAAAAUAAAAUAAAUUUAGAAAAAUAAAUGCUAUAUUGUGAAAAAGCAUAGAUAGAUGAAGAAAGUAUAGCUUAAUUAUAGGUAAAAGGUAUUUCAAAGACGGUAGUUAAGAUUAACAGACUUAAAUAUUUCGUCGAAUUAGAUUUUAUGAGAUUUAGAAAUUAAGAGAUUUUUUAUAUGCAAGAUCUUACUAAAUUCAUAUUUAUUAAUCAAAUAGAUAAUUACUUCUAGAUAAUAUUUACAAUUAUCCAUUUUUAAAACAAGUAAAAUAUAGUUGACUAAUCUUCGACUAAGCAAACAAUCAUUUAUCAAAAAUUAAAACAAUAAAUAGUAACUAUUAGUUAAAUAAAGCAUCUAAUCAAUAAAAAUGUUAUUUCUACUGAUUUUGGUGAUGAUUUAUAUUCUCAAGAAGACCAUUAUUUGUCAAUAUAAAUGCUUUAUUAAUUAGAUAAUUUUAAAGCAAUAUAUUUUUGGUUUAGUUAGAAAAAAAAUAAAUUUUUAUCUACUUUUUAAGAAGAAGAUGAAGAAAUUCCUUAAAAUAUAGAAAUUAUUAUUGAUCCUUACUAGCUCAAGGCAGAAUUUACAUUAGUUCUUACUGAAAUCUUUAUUCCGAUAAUUUAAAUAACAGGAGGGGAAUUUAAUUAUGAAUAAUAAUCAUUACCUCUUGCUUCCUCUUUUAAUUUUAAAAAAAGCUAAUUGAAAUUAGAAAAAGAUGGAAAAAUACACUUAAAAUACUAAAUAUACUGCUAUGAAUAAUGUCUAAAACCUGAAAUAUUACAAAAAAAUAGCUAAAAUAAUAUUCUCAAAAUUUCAUCAAAUUAAUCGACUUAACAGUAUGUCAGUGUUUUAGACUUUGAAUUUUAAGAAUAUUCUUCCCUUUACUUGUUGUUAACAUUUAUCAGUGAUAUCCAUUAUAUAUAAGAAAAUAAUUUACUAAUUAUUGAAGUUAAUAAAAACCAAAUACUUUCUAAAUAAAUGCUGGUGUGUGAAAAUUUUUUACAAAGUUAUUAAAGAAAUAAAAAAAUGUUUUUUAUUAGUAAUUAAGAAGUGACUACUUUUUAGUUAGGAAAAGUAAACAUUGUGAAGUAAAAUCAAUAAUACUUUGAAGAUUUAGUCCUUUCUAAUUUAAAAUUUCUAUACUUGAAAAAUAGUGAAUAGUUAUUUCUUACUUUCCUUUACUAAUUACAAAUUUUUGAGUUAAAUAAUUACCAAAAUUUUAUUAAUUAUUCACCUACCACUUCAAAAAUACCAUAACUAGAUAUUGAGUAAGAAAAAAGUAAAAAUACCUUUUAUAAUAUUUAUUAUUUACUCCAAAAAUAGUUUGAAGAUGAUUUUAGUGUUAAUGACACAAAAUCAAUUUACUUCAAGUCUAACUAAAUAACAAUCUAAUACUUUCAAAAAUUUGAAAAUCUUUACGAUCGUUAUUUAACUGAAACGUAAACUUAAAAUUAUAAGUUAAUUCCUUUAAAUAUUGAUGAAAAUAUUAUUAAUGAAUAAACUUUUUCAAGUAUUUAUAUAUUCUUUACUUUGAAGCUAGAAAAGAGUAUAGAAUAUAGAAUUUAACUUUCUGAUGAUUUCCUUUUGUUAAAUUCAAACAAAAUAGGAGUAGCCACAUACUCAGCUUGCUUGAUUAGUUAAAAUUUUUAUAUAGAUUCAAAUAAAUUUUUAUCAACAGAAGAUUCUUUUGAUAUUGAAUCUUAAACAUUUUAAGUCAAAGAUUUGAAAAAAAACUAUGACAAGUUGCUAAGAAAAUUUAGUUAAUAUGAUAAAUAGUGA